UGGUGAGAACAAGCUCAUCGCGCUGGGGUUUAUAAACAAAAAAAUAAACAACACAAACAUGGAAAACAUCGAACCAAGGGAGAGAUCGGACGCGAGAAUAAGGGCAGCGUGGCUGUGGUGGCGCUUACGAAGAAACAACGACGGGAGCUGAGCAAGAUGGACAGACGACACAAAGCAAACCAGCUACGUCGCAACAAGAAGGAUUCGGUGCUUUCAGAGAAGCGCCGACUGGGCAGUAGAGAUGGAGCGCCUCACCUGGUGGCUGUGAUUGGGCUGCAUGCGCUGGCCGAUGUUGCUGCAGUGACCCGGAUGUUAAGAGCAGAGGGGGCUGGAGGUGUGCUGCAUGAACACCAGGAGAACAAAGGAAAUCAGGACAGCUUUGGACUCGUCCUUCCUCGGUUUAAACAAAGAUUCACUUUCUACCGGCCCGACACAGCUGACCUGCACUCUGUUCUGGACGUGGCCAAGGUGGCAGACAGUUUGGUGUUUGUACUGGAUUCUACAGAGGGCUGGGACAGUUAUGGAGACUACUGCCUUUCCUGUCUCUUCACACAGGGGUUGCCAAGUCAUGUGUUGGUGUGUCAGGGCAUUGCUGACUUGGCAAUAAAGAAGCGAACUGAAUCUCGACGGGCACUUUCACGCUUGGCUGAGACUCGUUUCCCAGAGGCGCGCCUCCUCCCCCUGGACACAGAGCAGGAUGCGGCACUGCUCCUUCGUCACCUGGGAACACAGAAACAGCAGCGGCUGGCCUAUCGUUCAAGGCGAUCAUACAUGCUAGUUCAGAGCGCCUCCUAUAAGCCCAGUUCUUGUCAGGAUGGUACAGAAGGGCCACCCACAGGAUUGGGGACUUUGUGUGUGACAGGGUAUGUGAGAGGCUGCCCCCUGCAGGUUAACAGACUGGUACAUAUUGCAGGUCAUGGGGACUUUCAGCUCAGUCAGAUUGACGCUCCCACAGAUCCUUUACCCAUCGUCACAGGUGCACCACGCCCUGUAAAACAAGCCGGGGGAGAUGAUGUGGAGAUGGAUGGCGGAGCUGGUGGAGAGGUACGUGUGCUGAUGAAGGCUGACCCCUCUCAGAGAGAGAACUUACAGGCAGAAGCUGAGGUUGAUCCUAUGGAUGGAGAACAGACUUGGCCUACUGAGUCUGAGCUUCAGGAGGCUGAAGAGGCAAGGAAGAACAAGAGGAUGAUGAAAGUCCCAAAAGGAACCUCUGAGUAUCAAGCCACUUGGAUUGUGGAUGAUGAAGAGAAUGAGGAUGAUGAUGAGGAUGAUCUAAGUAGUUGUGAGGAUGACGACAACGAUAUGAUGGGUGAUGAAGAUGAUGUUGAAAAUGACUCUCAGGAUGAUGAUAAGGAGGAGGAGGAGGAGGAGGAGGAGGAGGAGGAGGAGAUCAGUGUGUCAGAUCGUGUUGGAACUGAACAGAAAUAUGAUGACGCCAUGGAUGCAGUAGAGGAGGAAGAUGGACUGAAGCGCUAUCGUGAAGCUCGUUCACAUGAAAUGUUCCCUGAUGAAGUGGACACACCCUUAGAUGUAUCUGCAAGAACAAGAUUUCAGCGGUACAGAGGGUUAAAGAGUUUCCGCUCAUCUCCGUGGGACCCCAUGGAAAACCUGCCACAGGACUAUUCCCGCAUCUUCCAGUUCCAGAACUUUGAGCGCACACGCCGGCGUAUCCUGGCUGAAGCUGCUGUAGAAGAGGAUGGGGCGAUGGUUGGUUGGUACGUGACUGUGCACAUUGAGGACGUGCCUCCCUCAGUGAUGGAAAGCUACCAGGCAGGCAAACCCCUUGUGUUGGUCUCUCUGCUCCCACAUGAACAGAAGAUGUCAGUGAUGCACCUACUGGUGAGGCGACAGCCCAAUUUCACUGAGCCCAUUGCAUCUAAGGAGGAGCUGGUGUUCCAGUGUGGCUUCAGACGUUUCAGAGCUUCUCCUAUCUUUUCUCAGCACACCUCAGGGGACAAGCACAAGAUGGAGCGUUUUCUAAGAGCCGAUUCUCCUGCAGUUGUGUCUGUUUAUGCUCCGAUCACCUUCCCCACUGCUGGAGUCCUGCUUUUCAAACAGAGGUCUAAUGGAAUGCAGGACCUGGUCGCCACCGGAAGCCUUAUGAGCUGUGAUACUCAGCGCGUGGUUCUGAAGAGGAUCGUGCUGAGCGGGCACCCUUUCAAGAUUAACCGACGUUCAGUCGUCGCUCGCUACAUGUUUUUCAACAGAGAUGAUAUCCUGUGGUUUAAGCCAGUAGAGCUGCGGACUAAGUGGGGCCGAAGAGGACACAUCAAGGAGGCUUUGGGUACCCACGGUCACAUGAAGUGUGUGUUUGACAAACAGCUGCAUUCUCAGGACACUGUGCUCAUGAACCUGUAUAAAAGAGUGUAUCCACGCUGGACGUAUGACCCUUAUGUGCCGUUUCCUCUACCCUGGGUCAAGAAAGAGGAACCAGAGGGUCUUGAUGACAUUGAUAUGGAGUAGAGAGAUUAAUUAAUUAAUUAUGAACUGACCGGUGCAGUGGACGUGACAUUUAGACUGUUUGCUACUACCACUGUAUUUACAGUUCUUUAAAUAAAUAAUUUAACAAAACCUGUUGAA